CGAGAAUUCCCCAUCCCCACCCAUGGCGUCCACCUCCACGUCCUCCUCCGUCGUCACCCUCAACGUCGGCGGCGAGCUCUUCCAGACCACCGCAGCCACCCUCUCCCGCGCGGGCGCUUCCUCCCCUCUCGCCUCCCUUGGCCCCUCGUCCCCCGACGCGCCACACUUCCUUGACCGCGACCCUCGCCUCUUCGCCGCCAUCCUCUCCUUCCUCCGCAGUGGCCGCCUCCCGUCCCCUCCUCCCUCCGCCGCUCUCCUCGCCGAGGCUCGGCACCUCUCACUCGACGGCCUCCUCCUCGCCUCCCUCUCCCCCGCAGCCCCCUCCCCGCACCCGGCCUCCCUCGUCGCCGCGCACGGCGGGGUCGUCACCAGCUUUGACGCCGCGCUCGCCUCCCGCACCAGCGUCCUAACGCCGCUCCCCACCAUCGACUCGCUCGUCGCGGUGUCCCCCGCUCUCGCCCUCGCUGGCGCCCGCGACUUUCCUGGCGUCCAGCUCUGCCGGUUCCUGGCCGACGCCCCUGCCACAGCUUCGGAGGCUCUAUAUUGGCCAGACUCGCCUUCUUCUUCUGUGCUCUCUAUGGCGGCCUCAGAAGCGGCAUCACACUGGCUCUUUGCCAGCUUCGAGUCAGCGAGACGGAAUUCGAGCGCCGUGGUGGCGUUCGAUCUGAAUUCUCUGUCACCUGUGGUGGAAAUUGGGCGGAAGGAGGUGUUUGGUGCGGACGUUGAGGCAGCAAUACCACCGACCAAGCUCGCUUGGCUUGCUGGGCACAGUCUCUUGCUUGCCGCUGGGUCACACUCCGGGCCGGCUGGAAUGGUGGGUGACAUACGCCUGUGGGACGUCCGGGCAAGCUCGACGGUGCCGGUGUGGGAGGUGAGAGAGAAGGAGGACUGCUUUGCAGAUGUUACUGCAUCAGACUCGCUGUCAGCAUUGUUUAAGGUGGGGGCUGCCUCAGGUGAGGUUUUCAUGGCUGACUUGAGGAGACUUAGUGGUAAUGGCACCAGUGUUGAUCCUUGGGUGUGCAUCGGAGACCGACAAAGGGCGGGAGCUGCCACAGCAUCUCGCAGGAAGGAUGGAAAUAACUGUAGAAUUGAGUGCUACCGUAAUUGGGUGUUUGUGGCACGGGACGCAUAUGUUGAGGUGUGGACACAGGUGGAAAUUACAUCAGAGGCUGGGGAGAAGAAGGUGAUGAGGAAAAACUGGGUAGGGAAUGGGCCAUCGAUGGUCACUGCAGACGGCGAGGAGAAGGCCAAGAUUGUGAGCUGGGCCUUCGGAGGCAGCAGGAUGGCAUUGGCUAGAGUUGAUCAGCGGUCUAUUGAGGUGUGGGAUAGUGCUUCUGGGGCAAUAUCAGGUAACCGCUGAGCAGAGGAACAAGACUAAACAUGUAAGAAAUCUCAAAUUUGAUUCUGUUCUUGUUCACCUCUAUCAAUGUAGUUUCGGUUGUUGUUUGUGAUGUUACAUUAAGGUUAAGAACAAGUUCACCUUGUUCUUCCUUUUUUAAUAGGUCAACGAACAGUCUACACUAUAAUUGUAUAA